CUGGAGGAAGGGCUCAUUAGGCACGUAGGAAUGGAUAUCACCUCACUUCUCAGACGUACAGAAGGAUAGUAGCUUAACAGCUAAAGAAAUAUUAGAAAUGUCGUCCAAGCCGACUUGUCUAAUUGUUGCCAGUGCUGCUACUCAAGGUGUGUUGGCACAGUCGUUUCUGCAGUCCUUCACUCUUUGCAGCCCUGUCUUCAAUCUGCAGACAGCUACGCCAGGGGGAAAGCCCAUUGACUUUGUGGGGGUGGAUGAGAACUCAGCCCGAUGGGUCCAGGACUUCAGCGUGAAGCCAUACUCCAACCCUGCCAAACUGGAGUCCAUUGAUGGUGCCCGAUACCACGCCCUUCUGAUCCCAGACUGUCCUGGGGCCCUCAGUGACCUGGCACACAGUGGCUCCCUUGCCCGUAUCCUCACCCACUUCAUCUCCCAGCAAAAACCAGUGUGUGCUGUGGGACAGGGCGUUUCUGCACUUUGCUGUGCCACUGAGGCACAACAAUGGAUCUUCAGUGGUUACAGCUUGACUGGGCCCUCUGUGUUUGAGUUGGCACGCUCCUCAGACUUUGCCAACCUUCCCCUCAUCGUGGAGGACUUUGUGAAAGACAGCGGUGGCUCCUACACUGCCAGUCAGGAAGAUGCCGUGCACGUGGUCCUGGAUAGACAUCUCAUCACAGGUCAGAACCACCAGUCCACCUCAGCUGCAGUCAACAACCUGAUCCUGUUCUGUAACAGCAGGAAGUGAUGUGAUCUGCUUCUCCUGCAUCCUCUUUCCCUAUCCUCUCCAUCCAGUGAUGGGAGCGCAACCAGCUUUCACUGAUUUACAAAGGGUGGAGCCUUCCUGUGCUAUCUGUGACUGUGCUGAUUGGAAUCCGGAUGUGUGGAAAGCAGAGUGAUUGGUUCACGUGAUUUAGUGGUGGUCAAUAACUCAACCCAUUGCAGUGUGAAAGAAGCCUCACACCCCCCUCACUUGCUUCAUUCUCCAGGCUACACUUCAUACUGAGCCCUCAGCUGUCAUUGUAUAGAAGAGUCCAGGGAUCAAUUCCUACACUACUUGAAUUCUACAGUAGAAUUCAAAUGCAGCUUUAUUAGUGUAUGUGUUGUUUUUCACAUUUCCUUUUGUAGGAAUCCAUAUUGAAUUUAUCAUUAUCAUUAUGCAAUGAAACAAGGUAAUUUGGAAUUCCUCAUUUGACCAGCUGUAAUCGUCUCAGAUUACAGUUGGUCAAAUGAUUGUCCCAGAGUGCCAUUUGCACUCAGACAGAAUAGGAUCAGGUGACUUGGCAGUGUCUGACAGCAAGCCAGACAGAAGCCAUGUUUAAAGGAUCACUGUCUGUUUCAGCUGAAAUCUUACAGUAGUGACAUUAUGUGAAAAUAUAAAUGUAUUAAUUGGUCCAAGACAACUAUCAAAACUUGCUUUGAGGGCUGUUGAGGUUGUGAUAAAUACUGACUUGUUUUAAUCAGAAUGCCAAUGUCCACUUACUGCUUGCUUCCUAAAACAGGUACAUGUAGCAUUUGGAUGAUUCAUGAGCUGAAAUAGGAGAGUUCUCACCGCCUGAGAUAAUUUAGUGCACAUGAUAUUUAAGGGGCUGAUCGAUGAGGUACAGUGCACCUGUGAUAUUAACCCCUUUAAUAUUUUUAGAAACCACUUUCCCUUCAGUUUUACUGUCAUUGAGAAACACACUUGUUCACAAAAUCAAACAUGAAAAUUGUGUGAUUGAAGUGUGCAAUACCU